ACUGAGGCUGUCUCCGGGAGGCGGGGGGGGAGCCGCGGGCCAGGGCCAGCAGGCCGGUCCGGCUGGCAGCGGGACAAGGUGAGGCCCGCCAGCGGGCGGCCCCGCUCCGCUCCGCCCCGCGGCGCUCCCCACCCGGCAGCCCCGCCGCCGCCGCCGCCCGGCUCCGGCCCGCCUCCCCCCAGCACCCCGCGAGGAACAGCUCCUUUGCAGUUUGCAGCACCGCAUUAAACAGGGAGAGCGAGGGAGAGAGGAGGGAGGGAAGCAGCCCGCAGCGCUGGGUUACGGAAAGCGGUAAAGGCGCUUCCAGGACAAACUGAAUCGUUUGCAAAAAAUAGCUCCUUCAGCAGGGUUAGGCGCUUUUUUGGUUUUGUUUUUUUUUCUUUCUUUCCUUUAGUCUAGCAAACAGAAGUGCCCCUACCCCAGCGUACAGCCAACCUGUCGGCCUGAGGGGCACCUCAACCAGCCGAAGCAGAAUGUACCAGGGACACAUGCAGGCAGUAGGUGAAACCUUGAAGAAAAAGUGGCUCUGUCUUCACAAAAGUGACCUGACCUUUGCUUUGGGGAAAGGCGCCAGGGCGGCAGAUAAGGCUGUUGCCAUGGUGAUGAAGGAGAUUCCGAGGGAGGAGUCUGCAGAGGAAAAGCCCCUCCUUACUAUGGCAUCACAGCUGGUGAAUGAGCAACAAGAAAGCAGACCACUUCUGAGCCCCUCCAUUGAUGACUUUCUCUGUGAAACUAAACCAGAAGCUGUUGCAAGACCUGUAACAUCAAAUACUGCAGUAUUAUCAGCAGGUCUGGAUCUCUUGGAUCUUAGUGAACCUGUCUUACAAAGCCAAAACAAAGCAAAGAAAUCAGAGAAUCCAUCAAGAAGUGAAGGCUUAAAAGCUUCAAUCCACAGAAAGAAGACAGACAAUUCUGACCUUAUAAGCGUGGAUAUUGAGCAGAAAGCCCAGACUGUCAGAGUUUCAGACAAGUCUUCACUAGAUUUAGUUGAUAUUCAGACACAGCUAGAGAAAUGGGAUGAUGUCAGUUUUCCUGGAGACAGGAGUAGCAAAGCCCACCCUUCUGCAGAGCGAACAUCAUCAUCAUCUAGAGCUCCAUCAAAAGAGCUUUUAUGGUCCACAGAAAACAGAUCACAGUCUGAGCUGACUAAUGUCAAGAGUGCCUUGGAAUCCGAUUCAACAUCAGAAUUAGAACUUGCAUCUGCAACACAGGCACGAUCAACUAAGGAGCAGCGCUGGGGCGGGCCUUUACUCUCCAGAAAUCACUCUUUGGAGGAGGAAUUUGAAAGAGCAAAGGCGGCUGUUGAGUCAGACACAGAGUUUUGGGAUAAAAUGCAAGCAGAAUGGGAAGAAAUGGCUCGCAGAAACUGGAUUUCAGAGAACCAGGAAGCACCAGGACAAGUCACCAUCUCAACCAUUGAGAAGGGUUAUUUUUUCCAUACUGAGAAUCCCUUUAAAGACUGGCCUGGUGCUUUUGAGGAAGGACUGAAAAAAAUGAAAGAAGGUGACCUGCCAGUUACAAUCUUAUACCUGGAAGCUGCUAUUCUACAAGAACCCAAUGAUGCAGAGGCGUGGCAGUUCCUGGGUGUAACACAAGCAGAGAAUGAAAAUGAGCCGGCAGCCAUUGUCGCCCUCCAAAGGUGCUUGGAACUACAGCCGAACAACCUAAAAGCUCUGAUGGCCCUGGCUGUAAGUUAUACUAACACUGGCCAUCAACAAGAAGCCUAUCAAGCUCUAAGAAACUGGAUAAAGCAAAAUCCAAAAUACAAGCAUAUAGCUAAAAGCAAAAAAGGGUCCCCAGCACUUACCAGGAGAAUGUCUAAGGCAUCAGACGAAAGCUCAUUACUUGAAGAAGUAAAGGAUUUGUAUCUGGAGGCUGCUCACCAGAAUGGCGAUAUGAUAGACCCUGACUUGCAGACAGGACUUGGAGUUCUUUUCCACCUGAAUGGAGAAUUUAACAGAGCAAUAGAUGCAUUUAGUGCUGCUUUAACUGUUCGACCAGAGGACUAUACAUUAUGGAACCGUCUUGGAGCAACCUUGGCAAAUGGGGAUCGAAGUGAAGAAGCUGUCGAAGCCUACACACGUGCUUUAGAAAUUCAACCUGGCUUCAUUAGGUCCAGAUACAAUUUAGGGAUAAGCUGCAUCAACCUAGGGGCAUACAGAGAGGCUGUCAGCAAUUUUCUCACUGCUCUCUGUUUACAAAGAAAGAGCAGAAAUCAACAACAGGUUCCCCAUCCUGCUCUAUCAGGCAAUAUUUGGGCAGCACUUCGAAUUGCUCUAUCUAUGAUGGACCAACCAGAACUAUUUCAAGCUGCCAAUGUGGGUGAUCUAGAUAUUCUGUUAAGAGCUUUUAAUCUAGAGCCGUAAUAAAAGGUAUCCACAAAUCAAUUAUAUUGUAUUAGGAAACAGAGAACUCUUUUAUAUCUCAUCUCAACAAGACCACAUUUUUCAAAAAAUCAUGGCUGUGGAUCAGUAAGGAACUUCCCUUGGACAUUACUUAAAAAGGAAAAGUUCAAAAGCACAAAAUAUUGUACAUAAAUUCAAACUCAAAGGAUUGAAAUGAGCUGUGGCUAAUCUGACAAAGCCCUGAAUUACAUGAAGUAGCCAUUUCUAAAGGAACUUCAUCCCAUGCAAGAUCUCUCUCUCUCUCAAUAUAUACACAGCUAUACAAAGAAAAAUAUAUUGAAAACAAAGCUAGAUAAUCAUUAUUGCACAGCAGAAUGGAAGCAAUGCAUCCAAGGAACCUGCUUACUAGCUCAUCGCACUAUGCUGACAUCACUUUGCCCUACAACGUGGAUUCCCUAUCCUUUGGCUUCUUUGUUGAAAAGUCCUCUCAAGGUCCAUUUUUAACAUAGCUCUGAGAACAGAUGCAUGUAAAAUUGAUGUAUUUCGGUUGAAUAUAUUUAUUAGCUGGCAAUCAAGAAAAUUUUUGCUUCCAAAUGUAACUUCGAUUAAUUUGGGCCCAAUCCUGCAGGCUCAUUGAGUUGCAAACCAUGUGCAACAUUAAGAGAAACAUCAUACAUGGAAGUCUAUGGGAUUAGGCCAUGUACAUAUGGGAAGGCCAAGUGCUGCCAGCAGAAGCAGUAAUUUGCACUAGAAUUGUUGCUGUUCAAACCAGCUAUCCCUGAUCUUGCACAGAGCACGUCUGCUUCAAAGGGGUUCAUAGCAGGAUCUGCAACUAUGUACUUAUGCACUUUAAUUUUUCUUUUUGUAAGAUAGCGCUACGCUUUUAGUUACUAACAACAGAAUGUACAGGAUAGCCUUGUUGGCAUAGAGGACCAAAUAUAAUUUCCUGAAAUGUGAUGAGAAGGUUUUCAAUAUUCUUCCGUUUAAAAAAUGCAAAUACAGUAUAAACUGCAAUAUCCAUUAGAAAGAUCAUUCUAUUAUCAUCAGGUACUGCACACAUACAUGCAUGCACAUACAUGUUGUAGGUGAACGAUGACAUUUCAGAACAUAUUAAGCCACAGAUCUUUAUUGCAAAUAAAGAAGAAUCUUCAUAGGACUGCAGACCAUGCUCAAGGGAAAAUUUUCCCUGAAAAAGUUGGU